GCGGGCGGCCGGUCAUGUCGUCUCUGGUACGAGCAAACGAUUCGCGCGGUCCACCGAGUGUGCACGCACUGUGACCACGCACUGUGUGUAGUUGAUGUGUGCCAUUGAGCGAUCGCAGUGUGAUUCACGGGCCAUCAUCCGGCAGUCGCGGCAACCGUAGAGUACACAGUAGGUAUAACCGUAUCUAUCGGUAUCGCGUAUCCCGUGUGUGUGUGUGUGUACUGUGUGUACUGUGUGUUGUUUCGUCCAAUGUGUUCCCGAUGAACGGCCGCCGCCGCUGUUGACCCGACCACGUCGCCGCGCCCGUCAUGGCCAGACCGCAGUACCACGGGGCCGCGGUGUCCCUGCUGCUGCUCAUGGUUGCGGCGCACCCUACGCCGUUCGCCCGGGCUCAGGACACAGAUUCACUGGCCAGCAGCUUUUUUUCAGGAUUGUUGGACACCAUCACCAGCACGGCGAACAGCCAAGAUUGUCCGGGCGUUUGCGUGCACACGUUGGCCACGCUCAUAUGCUACGAAGUGCUGGAAAACGUCAAGUGUCCAAGCCCGUCCAUGAGGUGUUGCGUGGAACAGUCGCCGUUGCCCGUCAACGGCACGUCCAACGUUACGGCCGCCAACAAGGUGGAUCAGACGCCGGCCACCACCGCGGCGUCCACACCGUCCAGGCCGUCUUCACAAGCCUCCAACAACAACAGUCAACGGCCGGCGACCACCGCGUCGUCCAACGAUAAUCCGGUUAUCACGUGCCCGGGAGUCUGCGUGGCCGAGAGGAUAGCAGACUAUUGCGAGGCCGUGUUAAACGUGACCGAAAUGUGCAAGACGGGACUGAGGUGUUGCGUGUCCAAGGAUGCGUUCUUGGGCGCCGAACACUUGGUCGUGUUGGACAGGAAUUCCACGCGGAUCAGCGUGACCACAUCGCCGCACCGAACGCCGGCGGCCACUACGCCGACGCCGACGACCACCACGUUGGCCACGACCACGGGACAGGCGGCUCCGGCGGGCAGCAAACAGUGUCGGGGCGAGUGCGUCAGCGGACUGUUCGCGCUGUUCUGCGACGACGUCGACUCGGACGCGUACUGCCCCGGCGAGGACAGCAGCUGUUGCGUUACCGCGCCGGUGACGGAUGGGGCCGGCGGCGCGUCUCAAGCGUCCCCGCUCCCGGCGUCCAGGCCGGCGUCCCGGCCGCCCGCCACUACCACCCAGGCGCCGGCCGUCCACAACGGACCCAAGUGCCCGGGCUUCUGUCUGCUCAACCUGAUGGCCGCGUUCUGCGAAAGGCCGUCGGUGCUCGUGCCGAACACGUCCACGUGCAAACGCGGCUCGGUGUGUUGCGACAACACAAAAGCCGCCGCCGCUCCGCCGGCCGCCGCUCAAAAGCCUAGGCCGCGUCCACCCGCACCCACCACGACCACUACUUCCAUGCCGCCGCCGCCACCCGACGGCCGGCCCGAGUGUCCCGGAUCAUGUAUUGUCCCUUACUUGUCUUUCACGUGCUUCAGAAACGCCGAAAUGACGGACGUGUUCAAAUGCCGGAAGCCGGGAACGCAGUGUUGCGCUUCCAAAAGUCAAAUACGCGAAGUGGUCGAGCAAAAAACCGGUGUAACUGGCCAAGGUGCCGCCAGCCACAUGGUCGGCGGACCACCGCCGUCCACGCCGCAGAACUACGGCGGUUACACGCACAGGAACGACACUGUUCCGUCGUCGUUCAGACCCCACGUGCCCAGUUCGUUGGCAGUGUACCCUCCACCCUUGGAAGAAUACCAGCCCAACCUGACGGUGUCCACGUUGACCACGUCCAGCCCGGUGCCCGCGAAACCGGCCACGUACAGCAAGUACGUGUGCGGCGUAAAGGGAACGGCCAGGACGAGGACGUCCAAGGUGGUCGGCGGCGAGGACGCCGAAGCCAACGAAUGGUGUUGGCAAGUGGCGCUGAUCAAUUCGCUCAAUCAAUACCUGUGCGGCGGUGCUCUGAUAGGCACCCAAUGGGUGUUGACGGCCGCUCAUUGCGUGACCAACAUCGUACGGUCCGGCGACGCUAUCUACGUGCGCGUCGGCGACCACGACCUGACCAGGAAGUACGGAAGUCCCGGUGCACAGACCCUGCGUGUGGCCACCACGUACAUCCACCACAACCACAAUUCGCAGACGCUCGACAACGACAUAGCUUUGCUCAAGCUGCACGGCCAGGCCGAACUCAAGGACGGCGUGUGCCUGGUGUGCUUGCCGGCCAGGGGCGUCAGCCACGCGGCCGGCAAACGGUGCACGGUCACCGGUUACGGGUACAUGGGCGAGGCCGGUCCCAUACCACUGCGCAUUAGGGAGGCCGAGAUACCGGUAGUCAGCGACGCCGAGUGCAUACGCAAGAUCAACGCGGUCACCGAAAAGAUAUUCAUAUUGCCGGCCAGUAGCUUUUGCGCUGGCGGAGAAUCAGGCAACGACGCUUGUCAGGGAGACGGUGGCGGACCUUUGGUGUGUCAAGACGAUGGAUUUUUCGAAUUGGCCGGACUCGUUUCUUGGGGCUUUGGAUGCGGCAGAAUAGACGUGCCGGGCGUGUACGUCAAAGUGUCGUCGUUCAUCGGAUGGAUCAACCAGAUAAUAAGCGUCAACAAUUUAUGAUUAUCGCCACAGCAACAGAAAUAUUAUAACACUCAAUGUGAAACUUGUCUAAAUUGAUUUAAAAAUUAUUGUUUAUUUAUUUAUUUAUUUAUUUAUACACUAUUUUUUUUUUUGUACAUUAUUUUCGAUACUUGAAUUUAAUAACGCGCAUAACAUUGACGUUAUUGUGAAUUUAUAUUGUAGAAAGAACACGAGAUAAUAAUAUUAUGUCGUGAACGAACAUGCAUAUCCGCUUGAUCGUUCAUUUUUUUUGUAGAAAAAAAUAUUUUUUCCAAAAGAAACAACAACGAUAAAUACAGGGAGAUUCAUUACACAAAA